CCAUUCCCGAUGAGGAUUCAACCUCCUGGUUUAUAUAUCGUACGAGCAGCUCCCGCCCCGCUCCCGAUAUGUGUACCAUCGAUGAUAAACCACGAUCCGAGCUGCGUCGAGCUUACAUUAUGCUGAUGUGGAGCAAGAAGAGUCCGGCGGAAAGUAAAAACUCCAUUAAGGGAUCUGCUCACGACGUGCAAUCGACAAAAGCGACAAGCGAAUCGUGCGGCAAAUGCACAUCGCAGUGCCAGUACAAAGUAGUUUGCCAAUAAUCCCCCAAACCAACCAACCGAAGACCAAGAGCAAGACCCAGACCGAGACCCAGACAUUGCUGGAUAUGACACAAGGCAUGUGAAUUGGAUUCAGCGACUGUUGGGCCAAACACACACACUGGAAGACAGCCAGACGGCGGGACUACCAGGCUUUCAUUAAUGGAAUUCAACUGCGUCGGCAACUGCCCCGAAAAUAGCGACGUUGGACAAUGCUCGGACUCGUGUUCGUACUAUAUAAGACUGGUCUUGCGCUUGCUCCAUUAUCAGUCAGCUUCAUUCGCUUCCACAGCAGCACAACACAGACCAAAAACACAAAAUCUCCUCAACAUGUUCAAAUUGGUGGUGUUGUCUGCUCUCCUCGCCGUAGCUGUCGCUCGUCCCGGACAUCUGUACGAAUCUCCGCUGGUGUAUGCAGCCCCUGCGACCACGACAAUCGUCCAGGAGCCGUACCUGGCAAAUGUGGGCUCCGUGGUAAAGAGCAUUCCCACCUCUGUCUCCCACCAGAGCCAGUCGGUGGUGCACAGCUCUGCCCACGUCGUCCAGGAUGUUGUCGCCCCCGUCAUCAAGUCGUACGCUGCUCCCGUCGUCCACACCAGCUACGCAGCCUCUCCUCUGGUCCACACCUCAUACGCCGCUCCCGUCGUUCACACGUCCUAUGCGGCCAGUCCCGUCAUCUACAACGCUGGCUGGUAAGGAAGCAGAGGCAGCAGGAUGCUCGGACGAGCGAUCUGGAUGGCUAACGAAAAUAAUAUUCCUGUUGUACAUAAAAGAAUAAAAUGUGAUUUCCGAAUGUUAAUUAUA